GGAGAAGAAGAGAAAGAAGACAUUUAGCAGCGCGAGACCGCGUUUACAAAAAUUGUUCUUACUGCAUUUUACACAAUUUCGCUUGCGGCACGCUACCAAAAGCAGAGAGCAGCCAGCCAAAUUCACGCCGGAAAUGACAAACUGUUGACGGUGCAGCCGAGUUGGGAAACGCGUGCGUGUGCUGAGAGGCAAACUUCCUGGCCCCCCAUUCGCCUGUGCUCGAUCCAGUCGCAGUCGAGGUUGUGCCACUCGUCGGGCUGCAGCGCAAAAGCAGGGAGCGAGAAGAGUGUGAACGGCUUCGACAGAAGGGAGUGUGUGAUCCGACAAGCGCCACCCGCCCGCAAUGGAGAUGGCUCACGAUGUGGUGGAACUUGCCAACGAGCUGGCUCGUGCCGUGAAGAUAACGAUGGAUCCGGAAGCAACACAGCAGGCAAGGAUGGACGCGUACGUAGCAUGUGAACGCUUCAAAGACAUAUCACCACUGUGUGCACAGGCGGGUCUUUCGCUGGUGACCGGCGCCUAUCCCCCGAUCGUGCGCCACUUCGGGCUGCAGCUGAUGGAACACACGGUCAAGUUUAACUGGAACAGCAUCUCGCAGCAGGAGAAAAUAUUCAUCAAGGAGAACGCGAUGAAGCUGCUGCAGGCCGGCGUCGGCGAGGCGCAGGACCAGAGCCUGGCCCACAUCAAGGACGGCGUGUCGCGCAUCAUCGUCGAGAUGAUCAAGCGCGAGUGGCCCCAGCAGUGGACGACGCUGCUGGUCGAGCUGAGCGACGCCUGCUCGCAGGGCAUGGCCCAGACCGAGCUGGUGCUGCUCGUGUUUCUCCGGCUCGUCGAGGACGUGGCGCUGCUGCAGACGAUCGAGUCGAACCAGCGGCGGAAGGACAUCUACCAGGCGCUCACCGUGAACAUGUCGGAGAUCUUCACCUUCUUCCUGCGCCUGAUCGAGCUGCACGUGGGCGAGUUCCGCAGCGCCACUACCGCCGGCGACGAGCACAAAGCGCACGGCCACAGCCGGGUGGUGCAGGUGGCACUGCAGACGCUGACCGGCUUUGUGGAGUGGGUUUCGAUCAACCACAUCAUGGCGGCCAACGGCCGUCUGCUGCAAAUCCUGUGCAUCCUGCUGACGGACGUCGAGUUCCAGCAGCCGGCGGCGGAAUGCUUGGGCCAGAUUACGAACCGGCGCGGCCAGCUGAAGGACCGCAAACCGCUGCUGCUGCUGUUCGAGGAUGCGCCGGUCGAGCACUACUACCAGGCGGCCACCCAGAACGAGCGGCUCGAGACGGAGGCGUACUAUCUGUUUCUGAAAAAGCUCGCCCAGGUGCUGACGGGUCUUGCCUCCCAGCUGACCGCCCUGUGGGGCAAGGAGGAGUGCCAGCCGAUCAAACCCCACUGCCUGGCGACCUUCCUCGGCACGGUGCUGAUCUUUACGCGCCACGCCAGCUACAGUCUCGCGCACCCGGCCGCCCUGAUCUGGACGACGCUGCUGAAGCACGAGCAAAUCUCGAAGGAGCAUCUCGUGCUCGAGUACAUUCCAAAGGUGAUCGAGGUGAUUGGGCCGAAAAUCAUCAAGGUGAACUAUCCGGUGCGGCGCUGGACGGGCAUCACGAUGCACCCGCAAACGUUCGCCAGCCUCGACUACGACGCGGAGGAAGAGUGGCUGGUGUUUUUCUUCCGCUGCCGGACGGACUUUUUGGAGAUCUUUCGCCAGGCCACGCUGAUCGCACCGCUCGUGACGUUCUCGUACUGCGAGCACUGGCUGAACGCGAUGCUCGCCAAGACGGCCGCCUGCGACCGGAGUGCCACCGCCUGCAGCGUCACCGACCCGCUCUACCUCGAGUGGGACGCCCUCACCAACGCGCUGGACGGUGUGCUGUCGCGCAUCCUGAUGGUGACCGAGCGGCCGUCCGUCUCGGCCGGGCUGCGCCUGCUCGAGGAGUGCCUGAAGGUGGAGUCGAACGAUCCGCUCGUCCUGUCCGUGAUGCUGUCCUGCAUCUCCUCGCUGUUCGUGUUUCUCAGCAUGUCCUCCUGCCAGAUUACGGCCGCGAACUGUGUGGCCAUGACGGGGGUGCAGCUGUUGCCGCGCGUGCUCGAGAAGAUUUUCGCCUCGCUCGUGUUCCAGGAGGUGGGCGAAACGCGGCACACGCGCACGGUGGCGGUGAAGAACUUGCGGCGCCACGCGGCCGCCCUGAUGGUGAAGAUUGCGCACAAGUACCCGCUGCUGCUGCUGCCCAUCUUCGACCAGAUCAACACGAGCGUGAAAAACCUGAUCGUGCAGCCGGAGCGGCUGAGCAAGGUGGAGCAGGUGACGCUGCUCGAGGCGCUGCUGCUCAUCUCGAACCACUUCUGCGACUUUGAGCGCCAGAGCGGCUUCGUGGCGGAAGUCAUCCGGGAUGGGGUGUCGAUCUGGGGCGGGCUGCUGGUGCCGGUGGUGAAAAACGCGCACACCUUCAUCGAGUACGUGGGGCUGAACCGGCCGGCGAUCGAACCGUUCGCGACCACGGUCGAGGAUCCGUACAACGUCAAUCGCCGGCAGCUGACGUACGCGCUCAACCUGGUGCUGGGCGUUAUUAAGCGCUGCUCCUGGCCGGACGAUCCCGAUCGCUGCUCGCGCGGCGGAUUCGUGGUCGCGCUCACCGAGUCCGGCAAUCCGAUCUGUCGCAAUCCGGCCACCUCGCACGUGGUCCCACUGUUACCGCACAUCCUGUCGCUGAUGCGCUGCCUCAACGAGCUGUGGAAACCGGACGCGCUGCAAUCGUUCUCCGACUCGUUCCGCAACGCGAACGGUAUGCAGGAGAGCGAGAAAAAGCAGCUGCUCGGCGUGUCGCCGGUGCUGCAGGAUCCGCUCGAUCCGUCGCAAAAGCUGCCCCCGACCGCGUUCGGGCGUAUGCAAACGUUUCUGGCGGGCAUUUUCGAGCACUGUUACCACAUGAUGGGUUCGGCCGGACCGUCGCUGGGGCGUGAUCUGUACGCACUGCCCGGCAUUGCGAACGCGAUCGUGGGGAGCGUGUUUGCGAGUCUCGAGUAUGUGCCCGAUUUUCGCCUUCGGACGAUCGUGCGCGUGUUCCUGAAGCCAUUCAUCUACUCCUGCCCACCGGUGUUCCAUGAAGCAGUCCUUUUGCCAAUCUUUGCCCACUUUGUUCCAUUCAUGCUGACAAGACUGACUGCUCGCUGGCACUACAUAACGGCGCUGUACGAAUCCGGCGAACUGGGCGAGGACGUGAACGACACCCAGGAGGUGCUGGAGGAUAUGCUCAACCGUACGCUGACCCGCGAGUACAUCGACGUGCUGAAGGUGGCGCUCGUCGGCAGCACCAUCGAUCCGACGGCCAACUCGACCAGCGACGCAACGAUGGCCGGCGGCAUGGAUCAGGACGAUCAGAGUAUGGACGGUACGCCGCAGGCACUGACGCGCGCCGCUCAAUCGGCCAUGACGUCGGAGGUGAUUAGCGAUCUGGGCGGCAAGCUGCUGCGCAACCAGUACACCAGCAACCCGAUCGUCAUGACGGUGCUAAGCGUACUUUCGUGGAAUGACAGCAACUCCAGCCUGAAGGCGACACUGCUCAGCGGUCCAAUCAUCCGUUUCCUAGCAGCGGAACAGUUAAUCACCGAAGCGCUGGCCUCUAACAUUAUCAUCGCGGUGUUGAAGGCUCUGCAGCUGCACGGUCAGCACGAAUCGAAUCAGACGUCACUCAUUACGCUCGGCGUGCAAGCGUACGAAAUACUGCGCCCCAAGUUCCCGAACAUACUCGAGGUGCUGCAGCAGAUCCCGAACGUGAGCGCCGGCGACAUACAGAAGCUGGACGAGAAGAUAUCGUCCGGCAGCACCAAGGGCAACAAGAUCGACAAGGCCAAGAAGGACCUGUUCAAGAAGAUUACCACCAACAUUAUCGGGCGCAACAUUGGCCAGCACGGUCGGAAGGAGGUGAAGAUACUGAACCUGCAGCCGAUCGUGCCGCCGCCCAACAAUCAUCGCCCGAACGCAUUUAAUCUGAUCGAAAGCAACCAGGAAACGGGACUGGCGCAUUUAUUCACCAACCGCAGCUAGUGUGCCAUGGUAGGAGGAAGCGCGAUGGGGUGUUGCCAGAGUGGUGUGUAGAGAGCGAGGGAGGUGUGCGUGUGUUCAGUCAGUCUCAGUGUAGAAGGAGUCGGAUCAGGUCCAGUGUGCGCGACGCACGUAUUUGUGAAUACCUUUUUAUUACGAAUUAAUGCUUAAGCUAGCUUCGGUCGGUUUUUUUUUUUUAUUUAUUAGUCAAUCGAGCGAAAAACGAUGAAACUCUCGACGCGUGGUACGGCGUGCGUGAGGUUCUUGGUCGGGUCGGGACGAAACGAACGAUACAAACCUGUAAAUCCACGCGUGACCGAUUGAUAAUUGUUACGCCAAUGCAUUUGUUUAUUAUUUUCCCUCCCCCUACUUGUUGUAUCGAUCGUUUGGUUAAUCGUUACCGUUUUUGUGGGGAUUGUCCUAUCGGCGCUAUUACAGGGUUUUCCAAGAGUUCUCAUAACUGUGGGACACUUGAUUGGCUCCUUCUUACGUGAAAUGAACUUAAUGUAGUGGGAAUUGGAUUCUAUAGCAUCCUUGUUGGACAAAUCCAAUGCGAAUUUCCAAGGAGCCUGUCCAAUAAGGGUGUCAUAGAGUCCAAUUUCCAUCACAUGAAGUUCACUUCCCAUAAGAAAAAGUCAAGGGAGUAUCACACAUCUAUGACAACUCCUGGAAACCCCUGUAUUGAAGCCUAUGCACCGGCGCCGACAAAAGGAAUGGUGUAAAAUAGCUCUAUUUGUUUGUUUUUUUUUUUCUUUUUGCUUUUCUGUAAAAAGGUGGAAAUUAAAUUUCUCUGUUAAUUGCCGUCGCAGCUUCGCAGCAGGGCGUUGCGUUUUUGAAACGAUUUUUGAUACGGCAGGCACCGAACGGAACGCAAACAUUCGCGUGUCCGAGGAGGGGGACAUUGUUAGAUAGUUUUAUACGAACGCGAUAUAAGGGUUAUAGAAUGUUAAGAAAAAACGCGAGGAAGAAAGACAGAAAAGAAAACCAAUCGUCCUCUCCGGUUACUACACCUCGAACACGUGGAGGCGACUUAACGAAUGUAACGCGCACGGAUGGAUGGUGUAGGAUGCGGUGGGGUUGGGCUGCCCGAAUCCGUCGUGUUGUGUUCGCGGCGGAUGUUCUCGCAAUGGGCCGUAAUGUGCUUAAAAUGCUUGUUGCAUUUUGUUUCCAUUUCGUUUCGUUUUCUUUCUUUCCACCCUUUUCGUAUCAAACAUAUGGGGUUAUGUACACGUCUGCAUCAGAUAUACGCAGUAGGGAAAGGAGGCAAAAGUUAGAUUGGGUCAAUAGAUCGGGGAUGGAACGCAUGUUUACACAGCAGGGCCCGAGCGGACGAGUAGAACGAGAGAAGGGUACACGUUUCCUAAUGUAGCUACUAUUUGGUAGGUGCGAAUGUGUGUGUGUGUGUGGGUGUGUCGGCCGUACGGAUCGAUACGAAUAUGUAAUAUUUAUAACAUUACAGCCAGAUUGCCGCGCUGAUUGCGUCAAAACGACCGGGAAUAUAAAUGUGUAAGAAACAAUUACUGUGUAAUGUAA